AUUCGUUUCUCUCGGCAAAAAGACGUUUUCUCAGUCUCGAGAAACGUUUUCAACUCAACCCUGAUUUAUUGGAAAAAUAUCAGGACAUUAUAUCGGAAUAUCUCAAUAACGGACAAAUAAUUCAAGUGCCGUUAAAAAUGCUAAAUGACUCAGGUAAACCUAAUUACUUUCUCCCUCACUUUCCCGUUUUCAAAUCCAACUCUACUACUUCCACUCGUAUAGUUUUCGAUCCAAACAAUAAAUCGUCUACGGGAAUCUCCCUCAGUGACGUCAUAGACAAAGGUUAUGUCGUCCAACAUGAACUUUUUGACAUUCUCGCUAAGUUUCGUCAGUUUAAAUUCGCACUAGUAGGCGACAUCAAGGCUAUGUUCCUACAAAUCGCCAUUUGUCCCACUGAAACAUUUCUGUUAAAUUUUCUCUUUAGGGACAAUAUUCAGCAGCCUUUACGGUGCUAUCAAUUUCAAAGAUUACCCUUCGGGCUCCCAAGUAGCCCAUUUAUCGCUCAAAGAGUUAUCAAGCACAUCGCUGACAACAACAAACAUACCCACGAACUUGCUACUAGUGUUCUGCAAGAAUCUAUCUAUAUGGAUGACCUGAUCAGCGGUGCUGACAGUCUUCAUGAAUUAAGUUGUCUUUUCGAACAAUUAACUUCUUUGCUAGAAACCCAUGGUUUCCUCCUCCACAAGUGGAACUGCAGUUCUUCAGAAUUUCUGUCUCAACACAAUUUAAAUCCCGUCUCUGAAGUCAGUCUUAACUUCACGGGAUCUGAUAAAGUCUUAGGCAUAUUCUGGGAUUCAGAACGCGACCACUUUUCGUUUAAAACUCCUAUCUUCAAAUUGGCUAAUGUUGUUACUAAACGUACUAUUCUCUCCUACAUUGCUACUUUGUAUGACCCGCUAGGAUGGUUAUCCCCUGUCCUUGUGAACGCUAAGCUCUUGAUACAGGAAAUAUGGUCCCAGAAAUUGGACUGGGAUCAACCCAUUGACUCACCCAUCAUUAUGAAAAAUUGGCAAAACCUCUUAUCGACAUUCAAAACUAUAGAAGAGGUCAAGGUACCUCGAUGCUUACUUUUACAAAAGAAAGUUGUUGAUGUUCAAUUAAUUAUUUUCACCGACGCAUCGGAAAAAAUAUACAGCACUUGUGUGUAUCUCAAAGCGACAUACUCAGACUUUUCUGUAUCGUCGCGGCUUAUCGCUUCUAAAAACAAAAUUUCUCCGCUAAAAAAUAAACUCACCAUCCCCAAAUUGGAACUUUGUGGAAUAGUGUUGGGAGUCACUCUGGCUCAUAGACUUUUUCACAUCUUCAAGAAAAAUUUGAGUAUAUCUUCAUCUCAUCUCUUUGCUGACUCUACAAUUGCCUUGUCUUGGAUACUUUCUAAAAAACACAUUUGGAACAUUUUUGUACAAAACAGAAUUCAAAAGGUCAAUUCCUUGUUGGAAACUUUUCCUUGUGAUUUCCAUUUCGUCAGAAGUCACGAAAACAUCGCUGACCCCGCUUCCAGAGGGAUAAAUGUCUUUGAUAAUCCCCAGACCACCGAAGACUGGUUAUGCGGACCUAGCUUUAUUAGAGACAAUCCCAUCGAUUUUUCUCUUCAUCAAAUUCCUCAUUUUCAGGAUGAUCUUCCUGAAUUAAGGAAGUUAGUUGUCUCAAACAUAGCAACAAAUCACGAACUCAACGACACCUUUGAAAAUCUAUUCGCUAAAUCUUCUUCUUUUCGUAAAAUUCAAAGAAUUGUCGCUUAUCUUUUUAGAUUCAUCAGUAAUAUUAAAAAGAAAAUAAAUAACUCUCCACGAGAUACGGAUAUAUUGACGCCACCCGAAAUGGAGAUCGCUGAUCACGCGAUCAUCAGGUAUAUCCAAAGUAUCUACUUUAAAAAAGAGAUUCUUGAAUUGAAAAAUGCUAAACUCGUGACCAAUAAAGCCAUUCGUAAACUCAACCCCUUCCUACAACAUAAUGAUGGGCUGAUUCGUGUGGGAGGACGUCUCCGACACGCCCCCAUAUCGUAUAAUCAAAAACACCCCAUUCUACUUCCUUCUAAAUGUCGAGUUGUAGAACUAAUCUUGACUCAAGCUCAUCAUAAGUUAUUACAUUCAGGCGCGCAAACAGUACUUUCGUAUGUCAAAAUGAAGUACUGGCCAAUUGACGGAUUAAGACAGAUUAAACGCUUAAUUCGUAAGUGUGUAAACUGUUUCCGAUUCAUGACACCCAAUUCUGUUCAACAGAUGGCAGAUAUGCAUCCCGAUCGUGUACUCCCCACUAGACCCUUCCAAGUCGUCUCAGUGGACUAUGGGGGGUUCUUCUUAAUUAAGUCCUCACAUUUGAGGAAGGCACCGCUUUACAAAGCAUACGUAGCCUAUUUCAUUUGCAUGAGCACUAAAUGUGUUCAUAUCGAACUCGUCACAGGAUUAAGCGCAGAAGCCUAUAUUCUUACUCUGAAAAGGUUUAUUGCCAGAAGAUCCACGCCCAGUAUUAUUUGGAGCGACAAUGCCACAAAUUUCCAUGGGGCAAAAAAUGAAAUGCGCGAAUUCUAUGAUUUUUUCUUAAAUCAAAAUAAUUCGGAACAGAUUAAGGAAUUCUGUACUCAAAACUCCAUAACUUUCAAGAUGGGUGUUCCCCGCAACCCCCAUCAAUUCGGCCUCCAUGAGGUAGGAAUAAAGAGUGUGAAGUAUCACCUCUAUCGAAUUAUAGGAAAUUCCCACUUCACCUUUGAAGUGUUUAACACAGUAUUAUGCCAAAUCGAGGCUAUUCUAAAUUCGAGACCCAUCACUAGGAUGUCGUCUGACGCCAAUGACUUCGCUUUCCUAUCUCCAGCUCACUUCUUAGUUCAAAGAAGUUUAACCGCGCCCCCUGAACCAAGUGUUUCAGAGAUACCUGAAAAUAGGUUGAAUCUUUUUCAGCGUAUUAGUAAAAUUCAACAGCAAUUUUGGAAAUUGUGGAAAAAAGACUAUCUUUGCCUCCUGCAGCAAAGAAAUAAAUGGACCGACCCUACUGACCCUGUCAAGAUCGGGGAUUUGGUUCUGUUGAAGGAGGAUGGUACUCCUCCACUCUUAUGGCCAACUGCCAGGGUAAUAGAUGUAUUGCCUGGUAAGGAUGGUCUAGUUCGUACUGUCAAGAUUCACACUACUCACGGUGAUUUUCUUCGUGGUAUUACGAAAAUCGCUGUGAUUCCCCUGGAAGAUUAAAAUCUAUCCCUAGGGGGAAAACUUAUCGUUUUCCUCCAUUUUAUCGUUGUUACCCCUUGUGUAUAUAAACUCUAAUUUCUUCAAACAUUUCUUAUCGUUGUGCACAUCUUUGCCAAUCCCCUCUCUUCGAGGUGAUAUAGGCCAUCUCUCUCGCCUGUCGCCCCCGGCAAUAUGUACAAUAAAUAUAUUAUACACGGCUCACUAAAAUAAUUAGUUACGCCCCUGUACUACUGAUUACUUAAAAUUCAAGUAGUAUUUAUGUAACCUUUCUGGAAACUCCAGGUUAUUGUUGAGACUCGCAUUUGAACCCCUCGCCGGGGCAGAUCGUCAAAAGCUUCCUAACGAGAAUCAUCUCUAAUCUAUCGACGCUCCCGCUAUUCGUAAAAAGGCCGCAUUUUACCGGCUUUUUUUGCUAUCGUUUUAUACCGCUCAGAUAAUUCAAUCUGCUCAGUAUUAUCGACGAUGAUUUAUUUAGCGUAUUAGUGAGUGCCUUACAAAUGAACCAAAUGGAUUAUGGAAUUCAAUCAGAGCUCUGAUGUGACACGUCAUCAAGGAAUAAAACUUCGCUGGGAAGAGCCUAUGUACCAGGCUAUACAAAUCAAAUACCAUCUAGCCGCCGUUUUGCACCGGUGACCAUGAAACUACAGUAAAGGCCUGCACCCGAACACCUUCACCGUCAGUCAACAGGGCUACGUGGAGCCGAAGUUCCUCCAAGACCAGAAGACAGCAACGGAGAUCCCUCGACGCCUCGACGAUCGCAUAAGAUAAGUAGCCUCUUGCAGUUAGAUGUUCGCAAAGUGCUGCUGAAUGAACUAUUUUCUUGACAACAAGUUUUUUUAUUGUUAAUAAAUUUCAAUUUUCCUUUAUUCAAUAUUUUGAAUGGCGAUAAUGUGUAUUUAAUAGAUUUAAUAAGGUCAAUAGAUGAA